UUGAGCCGGGCUGGCAGGCGCUGGAGUCCUGUCAAACAGGCUUUACUGUUUGACAAAUAUCUCUCCAUCUAUGUCCUGGGCUCCAGGUUGAAAAAUUUUGCAGUCCACCUACUUUCUCACUGCAGUUAUGCCGGGUUCCGGUUUUGCCCGUGGAAUUCAGCGCAGAGAUGAAGAGACAGGGUUGUGUGCUGAGGAAUCAUAAUAUAACCAGUACCUGGUCCUUGGCACGAAGUAAGGCUAUCAUAUUGAGAAAGCACAGUGAGAAAGUGUAGUGAGGUCUCAUCAUUUUAUGUUAUCUGGGCAUCCAUGUUGAACGUGAAUGUCGUUUUCUGGUCCCAGAAGCAGAGGAAACCUGUUUGGAUACCUUAGCCCCACAAAUGGUAUUAAUCCACAGACGGCACCCUCUCUCCCUUUAUAUUUCCUGACCAUGGUGUAUGUGGUCUCCAAGCCUGUGGUGUAUUCCCCAGAAUGUGUUUUUUCUGCAAUACAAUGGAUACAAUUUAUUAUGGCAAUUCUGAGUAUUAUAGGUUCAAGUUCACUUAUUUCCUAUGCUGUAUUCAAGAAUACGCCGAAAUCUCCAGAGAUAAGGCCACUUUUUUGUCUGAGCUUCUCUGACCUGCUACUGGGAAUUUGCUGGCUUACUGAGGCACUUCUCUAUGGAACUUCAGUAGCCAAUAAGGACAUUAUCUGCUAUAACUUGCAAGCACUUGGACAGAUACUCUACAUUUCCUCAUUUCUCUACACUGUCAAUUACAUCUGGUAUUUGUGCACAGAACUAAGGAUGAGACACAACCAGAGUGGACAGAACACAUCUCCACUGGUGACAGAUUCUACUUGCCGAGUUGGUCAAAUCACCUUCAUUUUUUCAAGCCUGAUACCUCUACUAUUGAUGACACCUGUGUUCUGUCUGGGCAAUGCCAGUGAAUGUUUCCACAACUUCAGUCAGAACAACAGGUGUAUCCUGAUGUUCCCACCACCAUCAGUCAUGGCUGAACUCCUGCCUUCUGCCAAUACAUCUGUCUGUAACAUACUUUAUUUUUAUAGUAUCACCAUUUUCUUGGCUAGCUUUUUGCUCAGCUUCCUAACUAUUAUGGUCUUAUUCAUCCAAGCCCAAAACUUGUGUAAGAAGUUUGUGAAAUCACCUGGCUUUCUGGGGAACAAACAGCGAAUAGUGAUUCACAUUGUGGAACAGCGAGUGCGCUUCUACCCAGCGGCCUUCUUAUGCUGCUGGGGCCCAGCUGUCGUGCUGAUAAUCACAAAGCUGACUAAGCCCCAGGACACCGAGCUACACAUGGCCCUGUAUGUUCUCCAGGCUCUAACAGCAGCAUCCCAGGGUCUGCUCCACUUUGGAGUAUAUGGAUGGACACAGCACAAGUUCCACCAACUAAAGCAAGAGGCUCAAUGUGAUGUGGAUACCCAGACGCCAUUAUUAUGCUCACAGAAGAGAGUCUAUAACAGGGGCCAGGAUCCAUUAGGGUCUACUGUUACUUUUGCUACUAGCUCCUCCACCAUUCUUUGAAAUUACAAUUACUAGGAUACUCAGGAACUGGAAUUAUUUUACAUUAAUGGAUUGUGAAGAAUGUCAGGUAACCAUAUCCUACACCAGCUUCCUUAACAAGACCCCCUAAAACUAAAGAAAUAAAAUCAAAAAUAAGUGGGAUGGCUUCAAAUAAAGCUUCUGCACAGCAAAGGAAAUAGGAGCAUGAAGAGAGAGCCUACUAAAUAGGAGAAUCUUUUCUAGCUACUCUUCUGACUGGAGAUUAAUAUCCAGAAUAUAUAUAGUACUCAAGAAACUUAAUACCAAAAAAACAAAUGACCCAAUCAAUUAAUGGACAAAUGAGCUAAACAGACAUUUCUCAAAUUUUUUGGCAAAUGGCCAACAAAAUACAUGUAAAAAUGUUCAACAUCCUUAGCAAUCUGGGAAAUACAAAUCAAAACUACCCUGAGAUUUUAUCUCAUUCCAAUUAGAAUAGCAGUCAUCAAAAAUACAAAGAAUAAUAAAUGCUGGUGAGGAUGUGAAGGAAAAGGUAUACUUAUGCAUUGUUGAUGGGACUGCAAAUUAGUACAACCGUUUUGGAAAGAAAUAUGGAGAUUCCUGAAAAUACUAGGAAAGGACCCAUAAUAUAACCCAGCUAUCCCACUCCUUGGUAUUUAUCCAAAAGACCUAAAAGUAGCAUACUAUAGCGAUACAUGCAUAUGAAUAUUUAUAGCAGCACAGUUCAUAAUAGCCAAUUUAUGGAACCAGCUCAGGUGUCCCUUAAUAGAUGAUUGGAUAAUGAAAAUGUGAUAUAUAUACACAAUGGAGUUUUAUUUAGCCAUAAAGAAGAAUGAAAUUAUGUCAUUUGCUGGCAAAUGGGUAGAAUUGAAGAACAUCAUGCUGAGUGAAACAAGCCAGUUUCCGAAAGUCAAGGGUUGAGUGUUUCUCUUAUAUAUGGAAGUUAGAGAAAAAUAAGGUAUUAAAAAUUGGUAGGGGUGUUGGGAAACAGUCUCAUAAAAAUAGAAGGGAGAACAGUACAGUAGAGGAAGGGCUAUGAGGGGAAGGAGGAAUGGGAAAGGGGAAGAACAGCAGAAUGAAAUUAACCAAACUGCCAUGUAUCAUGUAUGUAUGAACAUAUAAUAACGAAUUCCACUUUUAUGCAUAACUGUAAUGCACCAAUUAAAAAAUAAAUCAAUUAUAAAAGAAUUAA